GGCCGCGCGCCGGCUCGAAGACGAGCGUCGCCGGGCCGGGAGCGCGCGGAGCGGGGCGGGCGUGGAGCGUGCGGGGGCCGCGCGCUGCCUCUCAGAGGCCGGACGGCGCUGCUGAGAGGCGGCGGCGACUACGACGGCAGCGGUAACGGGAACCGCGCCGGGGAGAGAGAGAAUGAAUGAAUCUUGAAGGAAGGCACCUUAGCCUUUCAUGCCACAGAAAAGAAAGGAAGUGCUAAGUUCCAGGGUGAGGCACUGUAACACAGUUGAACUCUGCAUCCAGAAAGCCCAAGAUUGAAGAAGAAAUAUCAGAGACAUUGACUAACCUGGAAACAGGGACCUCUUUGGAACUUUGCUUUCAUCCACAGUAGCUUUUAAAAGUAUCAUCAAGUGGAAUUGAUUUCUUCAUCUUAUUUUGCUUAUUGGGAAGAACAUGGCUUCAGGGAUUAUAUGUUUCCCUUUAGUUUUGCAUGAACUCCAUAGGAAAAGGAGCCCUUAAAGGGUUUGGGAGUAACAAGAGACUGAAGACAGGCAAGCUUGCACGAGCUCGAGCUCUCUCUCUGUUUUCCCUCCCCCUUCAAAGAAAAGGAUUUACAACUUAACCUUGUAACAGCUGCUGCCCAGCUUUAACCAUCAAGAGAAAGUAAAUAAAAUUAAACCACCAUUGCCAGACUACAGGCCCUGAAGUCAAGGUGUGGGAGUGGUGGCAUUGAGAAAGCUGCCUGAAAGGGACAAAGACUGCAGUAAAAACGGCUUCUCUUUAAAGCUGGAAGGGGCGCCAGAUUCCUUCUUGGAUUGAAAUAGAAACACCUCUUUUAGGUGCUGCUCACGUCUUGUGGAAGUGUGGUAGUCGUGGAGGUUCUGUAGUAUCUCCUCCAAAGAAUUUUUCCUUGCUUGAAGUGUUCCGUCCUACCCUGAUAUCCUCCCCUUCUUUCCUUUGGAAGACUCGCCUCCCUCCAUGAGCUGUUCCGUGAUCUGUCUGACUGCCCAUGUUCUCUACCUGCAGCCAUUUUCAUGUGUACAGCCUACUGUUUGUCUCCAGUUUUUAAGCUGUACAAGUUGUGUUUCUUAAUCUCUCCUUCUGCCUUGUUCUGGGGAGGUGGUUAUUCAUCAUUUGGAAUCACCUUUCCCCCUCCCAUGUGCUUUCCUUCAUUUGAGAUCUUUUGACCUUUGGUUUUAUUUGGGAGGGGGAAGGGUGAUAAUUCUAAAUUUUCUGCUUCCCUGGUUUCCUUCUGUACUCCUCUGGCCGUUGUCUCCCUCAUCCCAUUUUCUUGUCUGUUCUGCCGCUGUGUGGGCCUGGGCUAUGCGGCAGGGCAGAUCUUCCAUCAGAGCUCCAACAUGCCCGCGGAGUCUGGAAAGAGAUUCAAACCCAGCAAGUAUGUUCCAGUCUCGGCAGCCGCCAUCUUCUUAGUGGGAGCUACGACCCUCUUCUUUGCCUUUACGAAAAACAGUUGGUGUCGAAAGAUUUCCCACUUAGGAUAUUCAGCCUUUGUUCGUCUGCUUGUUACUGGAGGAGACCUGUCCAGGACUAAGCCUCUACGUGUCACCUGCAGUGCCCAUCUACAAUGCGAUUGUUUUUCUCUUUGUGCUGGCCAACUUCAGCAUGGCCACCUUCAUGGACCCAGGGAUUUUCCCUCGAGCUGAAGAGGAUGAAGACAAGGAAGAUGACUUCAGAGCUCCCCUUUACAAAACAGUGGAGAUCAAGGGCAUCCAGGUGCGCAUGAAAUGGUGUGCCACCUGCCGCUUCUACCGUCCUCCUCGAUGUUCCCACUGCAGCGUCUGUGACAACUGUGUGGAGGAAUUUGAUCAUCACUGCCCCUGGGUGAACAACUGUAUUGGUCGCCGGAACUACCGUUAUUUCUUCCUCUUCCUCCUUUCCCUGACAGCCCACAUUAUGGGUGUGUUUGGCUUUGGCCUCCUUUAUGUCCUCUACCACAUGGAGGAACUCUCAGGGGUCCGCACGGCUGUCACAAUGGCAGUGAUGUGUGUGGCUGGCUUAUUCUUCAUCCCAGUAGCUGGCCUCACGGGAUUUCACGUGGUGCUGGUGGCUAGGGGACGCACAACCAAUGAACAGGUUACGGGUAAAUUCCGGGGAGGUGUGAACCCCUUCACUAAUGGCUGCUGUAACAAUGUCAGCCGUGUACUCUGCAGUUCCCCAGCACCCAGGUAUUUGGGGAGACCAAAGAAAGAGAAGACAAUUGUAAUCAGACCACCCUUCCUUCGGCCAGAAGUGUCAGAUGGGCAGAUAACUGUGAAGAUCAUGGACAAUGGCAUCCAGGGAGAGCUGAGGAGAACUAAGUCUAAAGGAAGCUUGGAGAUAACAGAAAGCCAGUCUGCAGAUGCUGAACCUCCACCCCCUCCUAAGCCGGACCUGAGCCGUUACACGGGGCUACGGACACACCUCAGCCUGGCUACUAAUGAGGAGAGCAGCCUCUUGGGCAAGGACAGCCCCCCCACCCCUACCAUGUACAAGUACCGGCCGGGCUACAGUAGCAGCAGUGCAUCAGCCGCCAUGCCUCACUCUUCCAGCGCCAAGUUGAGUCGUGGGGACAGCUUGAAGGAGCCAACCUCAAUUGCGGAGAGCAGCCGUCAUCCCAGCUACCGUUCAGAGCCGAGCUUGGAGCCAGAGAGCUUCCGUUCUCCCACCUUUGGCAAAAGUUUUCACUUUGAUCCACUGUCCAGUGGCUCACGCUCCUCCAGCCUCAAGUCAGCCCAGGGCACAGGCUUUGAGCUGGGCCAGUUGCAGUCCAUUCGUUCAGAGGGCACAACCUCCACCUCCUAUAAGAGCCUGGCCAACCAGACACGUAAUGGAAGCCUAUCUUACGACAGUCUGCUCACUCCUUCAGACAGCCCUGAUUUUGAGUCCGUGCAGGCAGGGCCUGAGCCAGACCCACCUUUAGGCUACACCUCUCCCUUCCUGUCAGCCCGACUGGCCCAGCAGCGGGAAGCCGAGAGGCACCCACGUUUGGUGCCAACCGGCCCAACGCACCGAGAGCCCUCACCAGUUCGGUACGACAAUCUGUCGCGCCAUAUCGUGGCCUCCCUCCAGGAACGAGAGAAGCUGCUACGCCAGUCACCCCCACUCCCAGGCCGUGAGGAAGAACCAGGCUUGGGGGACUCAGGCAUCCAGUCAACACCAGGCUCAGGCCACGCCCCUCGUACUAGUUCCUCCUCAGAUGAUUCGAAGAGAUCACCCUUGGGCAAGACUCCACUGGGACGCCCAGCUGUCCCCCGUUUUGGCAAGCCAGAUGGGCUAAGGGGCCGGGGACUAGGGUCCCCUGAACCAGGCCCAACUGCCCCCUACGUGGGCCGAUCUAUGUCUUACAGCAGCCAAAAAGCCCCAUCUGGUGUCUCUGAGACAGAGGAAGUGGCCUUGCAGCCAUUACUGACACCCAAAGAUGAAGUACAGCUCAAGACCGCCUACAGCAAAACCAACGGGCAGCCCAAGAAUAUAGGCUCAGCCUCCCCUGGCCCAGGCCAGCCACCUCUCAGUAGCCCUACAAGGGGAGGAGUCAAGAAGGUGUCAGGGGUGGGUGGCACCACCUAUGAGAUUUCGGUGUGAGCUUUGGGCAGCUCCCCUCCCCCACACCUCUGCGCCUACACCAAAGGGCCCCAGGUGGCCACCUUCCUUUCCUCAAGGGGCUCCCCUCCCCUGCAUGGACAUUUUUUAAACAACCGAUUCCAAGAGGAUGAGGACAUUUUAUAAAAUGCAGUGGGGUUGGGGAGUUGGAGAGUUGGGGCCCUGAGACUGGGGUAGCAACCCCCUUCACCUUUUAAGACCUUCCCCUUCCUUAACCCCUGGACCAGACUCAGUGGACAUUUGUGCAAUUGCUCGCCUGGAGGGAACCAGAUCAUUUUUAAACCAGAAAUAAUUUUUUUUAUUAUUGUUACGGAUUCUAUUUUUUUCCUCUUCUGCGUUACCAGGUGUGUGUACAUUAUAUAUAUAUAUAUAUAAAUAUAUAUAUAUAUAUAUAAAAAAUAAAUAUCAAAGAAAUUAUAUAUCUAUCCUGGGAUGGGAAAAUGAGGGAGGGAUAUGUAUAAGGAGGGGGAUUUUACUCUUCUUAUUCCUCAGACCAGCAGGAAAAGAGGGGAGACAUCGAUUGAAGUCUUCCUUUCCCCCGUGGUUCCCUCUCUUUGUCCCAGUUACCAUCUAAGGAAAUAGCACCCCCUGUUGUUGGUGCUAAGUGACCAGGAAAGAAACCCAGGGAGAGGCGCGUCUGGGUGGGGUUCUGGUCAGAGGAGGGAAGGACCUGGAGAGGAGAGUUUGUUUUCUAGGCUCACUGGCACUUAGUUUCCCCCAGGGAAGGGGUUGCAGCCCCAUGACUUUGGUGGUGGUGGUGGGGAGAUCAGGACAAGAGCUUGGCUGAGCUCCAGAAACAAUACUGGAUAAUCCCCCCUUCUUGGGGGAGAGGAAUUGUGGUGGGCUGCUUCAACUGGCCCCUCAAAGCCUUCCCCCAACUCACACGGUUGACAUUAUUUUUAAAUUCAAGGCCGGGAGAGAAGAAUCCAAAAAGCAAUAUUUCUCAUCACAUGCCAAAAACGGGAUAGAGAGAAGGAGUGGCAGGCCUAGGCCCCUCCAGUUGUCCCUUGGGGGGUUACCCCUCAGCCCACCUCAGUAUGGUGCUGGGUAGAGGGGAUACCUGGGUUCUAACCUUUAAGUAGGGGAGACCCCAGCCUCUAAACAGAAGCCCUUUUAUUUUUUAUUCUGAUUAGCCAUUUUAAACCAACAAGGAAUAAAAAGAAAUCCUGAUCUAACCAGC